AUGUUGGGUUAUACCCUUCGAAAGAACAUCAGUUUCUACCUACUCAAGCAUCCGAGCUACAACAUGAAGCGUCGCUCCAAUGAGUGCAAGUCGAACUCCGGGUAUACUUCGAUACUUCUACUCCAAGCUCCUGUCAACCCCCAAAACCCCCUCCCACCCCUCCUCCAAACCCCAACAGGCCUAGCUAUUCUCGAACUCCAAGGCACAAUCAACGUCCCCUCCUCAAACGAAGAAGAAAACGAGAUGAUCGACAGCCCCAGUUCCAAUUCCAACAUAGACCCAGCCUCCGUGUUCGAAACCCCAAUUGGAAAACUCAUGUUCCCGGACUACUCGGUGCACAACCCGGAUGACACGAAAUGGAUGAAGCGCGCAUACCUCUAUGUCGGCCGGUACCAGCGUAUGACUGGUGAAGUUAAGAAACUGCCGAGGCCGGUUGCUGUGUUGCAGAGGCACCAAGGGGAGGGUUACGGGGAGGAACUGGAGGUUGUUGAGAUUGUGCGGUAUAAGAUUUUCUUUAAGAGUCGGCCGGAGCCUGUUAAUAAUGUCUGA